AGCCACUUUGGCUCACGGGAUGCGGCAGCGCCGGGCCCGCACUGCAGCUCGGGCGGCGCCGGCCGCGAGGGAUGGGGACGCUCGUCGGCGACGGGCGCUUCCGGCUCGGCGCGCAGGCCAUCAAGUGCAGGCGUAGGUGCUGGGUGCACGAGGGUACGGACCGAGCUACGGGGAAGCCCGUGGCCAUCAAGCUGGAGAGCGACUCCGCCCGCAUCGACCAGCUGCCCCGCGAGAGGAGGGCGUACCAGGCUCUCGCCAGCGUCGCGGGCGUCCCACGGCUUCUCUGGAGCGGCAAGGGGGAAGGGGUCAGCAUCGCAGUCGUCGAGCGAUACGGUCCGUCGCUCAAGACACUCUUCCACCACUGCCGCAGCCGCUUCACGAGCAGGGUCAUCGCAGACAUUGCUGUCCAGGCGUUCGGAAUCCUCGAGCGUAUACACGCGAAGGGCUACAUUCAUAGAGAUGUCCGCCCCGAGACGCUGCAGGUUGGUCUGGACUCCAAUCUGAACCAGCUGCACGCGAUCGGUCUCACGACCGCGAAGAAAUAUUGGCACGCCAAGUCCGAACAGCACGUCCCACAGUCAGAGGAGAAGGCCAUGAUGUGGAACCCAAUCUUUGCCAGCAUCAACGCACAUUUUGGCAGGGUGCUCAGUCGGCGGGACGACCUCGAGUCGGUAGGCUACAUGAUUGCGUAUUUCUUCCGCGGCGGGCUCCCGUGGCAAGACAUCCCGCAGUCGAUGGCAGACAGGCACGCGAGGAUCCUCGAGGGGAAGCAGCGCAUGACCGUGGAGGAGCUGUGCGAGGGGUGCCCUCCGCAGAUGGCGGUCUACAUAGCGUACUGCAGGGCCCUGCGCUUCGACCAGCGGCCGGACUACGCCUACCUGCAGUCGCUGCUGCGGGCCCUGGACCCGGCGCCGGCGAACGACUGGCCGACCCACAGCUUCGAGCACGACUGGACGGUCCGGCCCGCCCUCUCCGCGGGCGAGGACUGCGCCGAGGAGCUGCCGGGCGACGCGGCGGGCGAGGGGCGGGCGCUGGCCGCGGCGCCGGCCGAGGGCUGAGCGCUCCGCCUCGGCGCGGCCCCGGCGCGGCUCCGCCCGCCCGCUCGGGCCCGCCUGUGCGGCACCCCUCGGGGUCGCAGCGCGGCGAGGUGCGCCGCGGCAGCGGCGGUCAGGCCCGCCCUGCGCCCCAAGCGGCACAGUCGAGCUUGACGAGUGCGGUCGGGCCGAGGCAGAAGGUCGAGGGUCUUGCGCCCUCUCGCGCGUCCUGCCCCGUCGAGCUCGACCGGUGAGGCGGCCGCGCUCCGCCUCGGCGCGCCUCGGGGAGGGCGCAUGCCCGGCCCCGCGGCUCCGCCGCCCGGGGCGUCGCGGCGCGUGCAGGUCGCGGGCGCCUCGGUCGCCUGGCCAGAGCGGGGGCGCCCGCGGGUCCGAGAAAUCCGCGCAGGCCUCAGAGCUGUUGUGCUGGUGCCACUCUUCGCUCCCCCGGGGAGGGCUGGCCCAGGCACGGGCCCCACUCGCCCAUGGGCCUCCGGGCGGGGCCCGGGUGCUGCACCCUCUCGGGGGGCACGCGGCCCUGCCAGAUCGAGGGCCUGCCGUCGACCUGCAUCGGCGACGCAUCGCCGGCUCCAGGGCAACGGUUCCCUCCCUGAGGCCAGCCCUCCCCCCCCUUUUGCCCACAGGGGGCCCCGCCUGGAGUUAUUCGAUGCCCGCGUUGGCGAGCGGCCGGAGCAUCGGCCGCACGGGCCAGGUGGCGCCACUGUCUCGAGGCGUCACAACGACCCCUUGAUCGGUGGAGCUGAGGUUGGCAGCCUCGGCCCGGUAAAUUCAUGUAGUGCGCCGCGAUCAGAAAGUGGAGGGGGAG